AUGACGAUGAUGGAGUCGGGAAACCUGACGUCUUCCAGCCCCGGUAUAAUGAACCAACCACUGCGCACCGACGAAUGUCUUCGCCGUAGACAGUUCGAGGCAUCUAGCGUGUUUGAGAACGCUAAUCCCUUUCUACCAACUGCUCUUGUCACAACCAAAGAAUCCGGCUUGAACAUCAUGUAUCCCACUGCAGUCGCCUCGAGUAAGGCCAGUGGAUGGGACAAUUGUGAUAAUCAGCGAGCAACUGGUCUUAAUACGCCUGUAGCGUCUGGUUUGAUCAGAUCUCCAAUCGGAAAGUUUAAUUUUGCUGUUGACGACUUAAUAGUUGAUGACGAGAACCAAUUUCACUUCAAGACCGGUGCCAACUUUCCUUAG